GAUCCUGCCUCCGCGUUUUCCUCUAUUCCCGCCCCUUCCCACACAAUCGCUGUGGUAAGGUUUCGUGGUGCACAGCUGUCAACUUCUAUCGCUCAUAAGGGCAGAUUGCUGAGUUAUUUUGUUGGGUGUAUCUCCUAUCUUUUUAUUUUCUGCUUCUGAGUUGGUGUCCUUUUUCUGUGUUCGUUUCCUUCAUUCGUAUUUGUUUGGGUUUAGAACACUUAUAGUUUCUAAACAUGCCUGGAGAGGAAGCGGCACCUACGGCAGCAGCAGCAGCUACACCAGCGCCCCAUCAAGAGAAGCCCGAAGAACAAAAGCAAGAAGGAGAAAAGGAUAAAACAGAGCAGCCAGCUGUCCAGCAGCAACCUGAAGUAACCUACAAAACCUUACAGCUCUCCAGCUUCGGGGGCUAUGAUAAAGUAAAACUGGUAAUGAAGAAGGGCGCGCCGCCAGCUCCCAAAGCGGGCGAGAUACAAGUACGGGUGAAAGCCUGUGGCUUGAAUUUUGCAGACUUGCUUGCCAGGCAAGGGUUGUAUGAAAAACUGCCAUCCCCACCUGUCACCCCAGGUAUGGAGUGUUCAGGGAUAGUGGAAGCUGUUGGGGAAGGGGUGACGAAUAGGAAGGUUGGUGACAGAGUGAUACUACUGAAUAGGCACGGAUUGUGGCAGGAAGUGGUGGUAGCACCAGUUGACCGCUCUUUCAUGAUCCCUGAAGGGAUGAGUUUUGAGGAAGCAGCUGCACUCCUUGUGAACUAUAUUACAGCUUAUAUGAUGAUUUUCGACUUUGGGAAUCUGCGACCUAACCAAAGUAUUCUAAUUCAUAUGGCAGCAGGUGGUGUGGGAAUUGCUGCUACGCAGCUGUGUAAAACAGUGAACAAUGUUACCAUCUUUGGUACUUCAACAGCUUCCAAGCAUGAAGCUAUUAAAGAAAUUGGUGUCACCAAUCCCAUUGAUUAUAGGACAACAGAUUAUGUGGAAGAGGUUCGAAAAGUUUCAUCUAAAGGUGUAGAUAUAGUUUUGGACCCCUUGGGAGGAUCUGACACCUGCAAAGCAUUCAGUCUUUUGAAGCCUAUGGGCAAACUCAUAACCUAUGGUGCUGCAAAUUUGCUAACUGGCCAAAAGAAAAACCUGGUAGCCAUAGCAAAGACAUGGUGGAAUCAGUUCAGUAUCAAUGCUGUACAGCUUAUUCAUUCCAACAAGGCUGUAUGUGGCUUCCAUCUUGGCUACCUUGAUGAAGAAACCGAGCUAAUAUCUGCUGUCGUAGCUAAGCUGUUUGAAUUGUACCAGAGUGGCAAGAUCAAGCCUAGAAUAGACUCCACCUGGCCAUUUGAACAGGUUGGAGAUGCAAUGAGACACAUGCAGGAGCGAAAAAAUAUUGGAAAAGUGAUUUUGGUGCCCGAGGGAAAGAAAGAAGAAAAGAAGGAAGAAGAUAUAGAAGAGAGGGAAGAAAAGAAGGAAGAGAAGUGAAAAUUUUCUUAAAAUUCAAGCGAACAGCAAGCUACCAGUUUGAGUUUACAUAAUUUACUAACCUGUUCAGGACCUGGAAAUGGACAGAAUGCAGUUUAUUGAUUUGUGUGUCUUUUUUUUUUUUUUUCAGAAGUCUGAACCUAAGCCAAAAUGUUCAGUUUACAAAAAGAAUGAAAUGCCACUGCCGUUGCCUGUCUAAAAUGCUAGGCAGAAUACUUUGACAAACUCAUGAAUGACCAAACCUUAGAAACCUACCAGCACGGUUUACAUUUAAAUGCUGAUUAAGGAAUUGUUAGACUUGCUCUUUCCUUUCUUUUCUGUUUAUUUCUGGCCAGCAUGACAGUAUGUGAAGUGCACGAAGUUCUGUGCUGCAUCACACACACUCUUGUGGUGUGUCUAAAUUUAGAUUGUUUUGCUCCCUUUUGUUAAUUUGUGGAGUUCGGUAGCAAAAAAAAAUCCUGUUUUCUCUCCAUUGUUUAGUACUCCAUCAGAACAGAAUGCUGCUGCUUCCUCAGUAGUGAGGGUGGUAUCUCAGCAACUUUGACAUUCAACAUUUCACAGACAACUGAAUAAUUUUUCAAAUUGUUACAAAGGCCUGCAUAUUACAAAGAGUAAAUAUGGUGGACAGUAGGUAAACUAUUUUAAUGUUAGUUUAACUGUGUGGGCAUAUCUUUGCGUUUUCAAAUGAAAAUGCUUCUUUGCAGGGUUUGCUGCAUUUACCUUUUUAAAGCUCCUUGUAUUGUGAUCAGUAGAAUGAUGUACCAAAAGCUGUUGCAUGCUUUUGAAGUAUUGUUGUCAGUGUUUCGUUUGACUGCAUGUUAACCAAUUUUCCAUCUGCCACUGCUUAGUACAUAAGCAAUAUUCUUUGCUGAAAUUGGUGUGGGAGCUAAUGGAUAGGACUUCAGCAGAUUGUGUAGCUUUUGCUGUGUUGAUCAAGCAGGUUGUUAUGUAGCUUUGUUGUGGAGUGUGGCAUUUAGCUGGAUGAAGUUUAGUAAAGGAUUAAAGUGCUGCAUCUGCAUGAGUGUGAAAGACCUUAUUGGUUUGAUGUAUUCAUGUGAAUGGAGUUGUCAUUGUCAGCUGUGCAUUGAUUCAUUUUGUAGAAUUAAAGCACACACGGGCUGAAUUUUGACCUCUGUUUGUCUUUGGCAAUAGAUGUGGGUGAUGGGCACUUGCCUAUUACAUGAUGAUGCUUAUUUAACAUAGGAUUCUUGUAAUGCUCUGUUAGCACCAAAAACUGAGUGCAUGGACAAACCCUAUUUACUUUUGUAUACCUUUACAGUUUUGUGUGGUUAGUAUUGCCUUGGCACUUAACUGGCACAGCACAUUUAGUACCAGUCAAAGGUAUGAGCAAGUAUUUUGUAGGGAGUGAAUUAGACCUCUAAAAAGUUUUGGCCAGAUCUGUCCCACCAAGAAUCCAAUGUUCUUACUCUGUUGUAAAUUUAAGUAUUUAGGGAGAUGAAGAAAUUGCUGCACAGAAUUAUCGAGCAUACAUAAUAAACUUGUACCAUACUUUCAAAGCAUUUUUAAGCUGCUAAAAAUUGCAUUUUCUUAUUGCUAGUUUCAGUCUUUUAACUGUCUGCCUACUGUGAACUAAGAACAGCCCUUUACAAGCAUGCAGCCUUUUGAAUGUGAUCCCACAUACAUUGUUCUAGUCAUUCUAUUAAGUGGCCACUUCAGCGUUUCAACAUAAUCACUUCUUAAAAUUGCUUGCAUUGUCUAUUCAACACAUUUGCACUGUGGAGCUCAAACCUUUAGGGCUUGUUACCAUGAAAUUUAAUUUGCACAGUCUAUAAUGGGCUGCCUUUUUUUUAUUGCACUCUUCAGCUUUCAUAGUUGUGCCAAUGUUCACUUUCAGAAUGGUAGUGCCAAGAUUUUAGUAAACGUUGUGAUGCAUGGUGGUGACCAAGGAAGGCUGUAAUCUCUUGGUUGCUCUUCCUUGUAUAGCUUUUUUUAAACUUCUUUGCAGUGCCGUUUUUCCGUGCAGCUCUUGCCUUCAGCUCCACCAUUACUAUUACUAAACAUACGUAUGCAAUAUUCAUUGUGUAACUGGCACUUCAUGUGGAAAUGACAAUGCGUACUACUUUGAAGGGAGUGUAUUACGGAGAUGUCACUUUUCCCAGCAUUUGUUAACAAAAACAUUCUGCUAAUUAUGAUGCAACUAGCAUACACUGUCCAUGUGUACUGUUUAUUGCUUUACUUUAUAAAGCUCAAGUCAUCUGCACUAUUGAAAUAUAAGCUUUGCAAGUAAUAGUUGACUGUAACAAGAGGUAGAAGUGUAUUUUUACAGGUGUUUUAAAUAUUCUGUUUUAUAAAAUCUGCUGCUUUAGCUUAAGUUGUUUCUGUAUAACAGUUUGGCUGAACCUUUCUUUAAAGGAUAUAUACAUGACCUGUAGCUGUUACAGCUUGAAAGGCUGUGGAAAAAUAUUUUCCAGUUUAGUGUUAAUGUCUCUAUGGUAAGUUAGUAUUCUUCCAGAUGGAUCUGUUAAAUACUGGUACUGUAGUACAGCUUUUAUUUUGGACAUGUGAUAGGAAUAGUGUAGGCUAUUAAAAUUUGAAGCGUUUGUUUUGACAUGUUUUGCAAUUGUACUACAGUAUUAAUACUGCCUUAGCUGUGGUCUGAACUGUAGUUUGAAAAGGAUUUGUUUUUUUCAGUCUUUACCAGUAUUGCAUUUUAAAGAAGUCACUUUAUUGUGCUUGGUUAAGGUCAGUUUAAUUUUUUUGUGUGUGCAGCGUAGUAUGGAUUUCUAGUUUACCACUUGUCCAAACAUUGUUGUUCUCUCUCCCUCAACCACCAUCAUCAGUAUAAAAUAUAAGAUUUCUGUUACAUCAUUUGAGGAUGUGAAGAAAUGAUAGUUACUUGUGAAAGUUAUCUCUGCAUCUAAGAAGCAUGAAGACAGCCAUCCCCAACUGCCAAAAUGUAAUUUGCUUCCCAGGUAACUUAGGCUUGCUGCUCCAGGCAUUAAAUAACUUGGCAGUUUAUAUUGCUCACAUGUCUUGAGCAGUGUUUUGGGGCGUAAACUGAUGUAAUUGAGAGAAGGCUGACUGAAUGUGCGUUAGUUGCAGGCUGUUGGUUAUGCAUGAAGGAAAAAAAAAAUUCUGCCACUGCAUUCGUUUGCUAAAAACAAAUGUGCACCAUUCUGUCUGGCAUUACCCCCCCAAGUCUAUUGUCUUUGUACUUUAGAGUAGAAUUUUCCAAUCUAUAGAAUCACUUUGAAGAGGAAAAACUUCACAUAUAAAUCUAGAAAAGUGCUAUUUUGGAUUUUACUGUUUGUGUGGAGUUCAGCCAAGCCAGCCAUAAAUGUUAAUGUGUUCUUGUCUGAUUUUUAAUGGGUGGUGUUGACCUUCCCCUCCUUUCUGAGAUAUUUAAACUAGUGCUUGCAGUUUAAAAAGUAUGUAUGGAAAAAUGGCUGAAAAAUUCCUCCAGACAAAAUGUUGCAUUACAAAACUGCAUCAUACUGUUAGUGCCUUCAAAGCCAGCUGGGAAUGUUCAUACCUAUGACUGCCACUGCAGCCUACUUAAGAUUAUUUGGUGCCAAAAGACAGAAAGUUUAACAGUUGUGCAUUCACAGUGUUGUGUAACCUGUUAGCUGUAGCUUUUAAUAGGAAUAUACCACUCUACAUUCCACUAAAGUGGUUAGUGACUAGGUGUUCAGUAUAGUUAUCAUUGGCUUUCAACAUCCAAAUUUGUAUCACAGAAACACCUCUGUUAGCUGCCUAAGAUGUGUUCAACUAAUUAAUAUUUGCACAAUGGUUAUGAAUGUUGCAUGUUUUCCUUGGUAGUCUACAAGGAUGUGAUUUGUAGUACUUGCAGGUUGAAAAGGCCUUAAAAUAUUAUGGGGGUGUAGGUUCAAACUGGAGAUCUCUUUUGUUUUUAUUUACCUCUUUUUGCAGGAAAUAUGCAAGUUUACCUGUAAAACAUCAGGCAGUGGGAGAACCAAGUUGUACGUAUCCAUUUCUCUCCUUUUGGGAACCAGUUAUCAACAGAUGUCACUGAAGCAUAUGUAGGUGAUGAGCCACGUGGAAGAGAUUGAGAUGCUGAGGUGAUAGUUCAGCAUGAGGUCAUUUUUACUGGGUUCCACAGAUGUGCACGUGCACAGAAAUGUGCAUUUGGAUGUUGUAUUGAAGGAUGCUGCCUUGCUUCGUAGAUCCAUAUCUCUAGAAUUGUAAGCAAGACUAAGGCACUUAACAGAAUGGUGUUGGUUAGUCUGCAUGAUUCUACACACGUUUCCAAGGACCAGAAAAAUGGGAUGAUGGGGAGUUUAUCUUAACUCAUUAUGUAAAACUAUAUCCAAUAGGUGGUGAAAAAAGAAUAUUUGUCAGCUCAUGUCAUGGGACCAAAGUAGUAGAACAUUCCUGGGCUGAAAAUAUAAUGUUGACUUUUUAUUUUGCCACAUCAUGCUGUUAGUUUGAAAAUGUGUGACUUUGAAUUUGAUUUUGAAACCACUAAGCAUAAAAAAAUUAAAACUGAAUGUCUGGAGAAUGGCUAAUUUGAACAUAAAAUGUUUUUCUGCUUGUCACUUAACACAAUGCACAUUGGUGCCUAGUGUAGGCUUACCAGCAAGUAAUGUAAUCCACAUUUAUUCUUAACUUGACCAGUGAGAGAGUAAUUUGGCUGAACUAAACAGCAUCAGAGCAUAUGUAGCAGUGUAACAAUCUGCUGGUCCCAAAAAGCUCUGUAGUGCUUGAUGUCAGUUUGCCUGCAUCUCUAAAAAAAAAAAUAUCAGAUUGUCAAGUAAGUAACUAAACUGGAAAAUUGUUACUUUAAUUCAGUUUGCACUGAAAAUGCUGUGAAUUAAUCUAGAAAGUUAAAUUUUGCACUUUAGGUUAAGAGGUUGGUUUUAAAUACCCAGUCAGUGCAGCAGAUUUCUCAGCCCGUUAGUGUAACUUUGGUCACCUGCUUGACCCUUCUCAAGCAAAAUAGAUAUACAUUUCUAGUAGUUCUGCUGUUAAUGAUGACAUUUGCAGUGUCAUCUUGAAUACAUCUGAUGAUACUAAUUGUGGGACUGUUUUAAAACCAUAGUUUGAGAAUGUUUGCCAUUUGUAAUUUUGCACAGUUUCCUAAAGAAACUAGCACAGCCUACUAAGCAGCCUAGAAAACAUUACAAAAGCAAGUGAUCUGGCUCACCAAAGCACCAGAGCUGCAUUUUGUUCUUCCAAAGUAAGCUGCUUUAGACUACAAACUUUAGGAGACUGAAUUUGAAUUUGGUUAUUACAAAGGAUAGGUAAUCCCACUGCUUUAGACUACAAACUUUAGGAGACUGAAUUUGAAUUUGGUUAUUGCAAAGGAUAGGUAAUCCCACUGCUAUCAGCUGUGUUAUGCUGACAACUCACCCACAGUGGCACACUUGAAGUGGAGUUUGUGACAAAGGCAUACCAGCAAACUGCCAAACCGAAUUGAGUGGUAACCUGCAGCAGUACAGUGAUUACAGUUCACAUUUCACUGUAUUGAGUGUAGAUGGUAUAAAAUAUGCAAGUAAAUCUUCUACAAGGCUACAGUUGCUGUUUCAUUUUUGCCCACUGGACUUGUUCAUUUUCAGCAAUGGGCAUUUUUAAGCAUUUCCUGCUGCCAGUGUGAGAUUUACUGAAUAACUGAUUUCUUUUUAUUCUACAUGUAUGUCCUUUGUAUAGAAUGAACUUUUUUCUUUAACUGCAACAUAUGAGCUGGGUCAGUUGAUGCUGUCAUUUUACAGGUCAGAUGUUUUGAAACUGUCCUUUGUGUUAAUGAAAGUGCUUUUUUGUGCGUGUAACCAAGUUGAACAAAGUGCAUUUGUGCCAAUGCAGUUUACAUGGACUAGAAGGCGUUAGUGCUUUUAUGCCUAAUGUUACCAUAUGCCUUAUGUGUUUCUGAAGUUAAUAAAAGCAUAACCAGAA